GCCGUGGUGACGGACAGUGAAGAGAGAGAGAGAGUGUGAGUCAGUUAUUCGAGCUCACGGACGGUUUAACGGAAAUCUUCAUUUUCUGGAUGUUUGAAAUCGCCGGAUUUCUUCCGCGAGACCGUCCGGCUGCAGAGCGCGCGAGUUUGUUUGUGAGAUGAUGGUGAACGUCUGCAGUAAGAUGUAGAAUCCAGACGAUUCAGAACAAGGAAGAACAUCGUCUGAACGACACAUAAAGAAGAAGAGAGAGACAGUUUUCAAUCUCUCCGUUCAUUCGUGAGAAAUAGUGACGACUCCUUGUGACCUUUGACCUCUGCACCAUGUGUCAUGUGAUCGUGACGUGCCGUUCCAUGCUGUGGACGUUGCUUAGCAUCAUGGCGGCAUUCAGCGAGCUCAUCGCCUUCAUGAGCACCGAUUGGCUGGUGGGUUUCCCGCGGUCUCCGGACGCUGUGUUCUCGCCCCAUGGGGCAACGGCGGCGGGCGAGGCAUACCGUCCCACGCUGGGCAUUUAUGGGCGCUGCAUCCGGCUGCCUCACCUGCGGCACGGCGUACUGUGUGGACCAUACGCCGUGCAUUUCGGAGAGAUCGCCAGCGGGUUCUGGCAGGCCACCUGCAUUUUCCUCGCGGCGGGAAUUCUGCUGCUGUGCGCCGUAGCAUUUAUAUCCGUCUUCACCAUGUGCUUCCAGAGUAUCAUGAAGAAGAGCAUCUUUAAUGUGUGCGGACUGCUGCAGGCCAUAGCAGGUCUGUUUCUGAUUGUGGGUCUGAUGUUGUAUCCUGCUGGUUGGGGUUCUGAUAAAGUCCAGUUGUACUGCGGUCCGGACGCGUCUCCAUAUAAACUGGGUCUGUGUUCUAUGGGAUGGGCGUUUUAUACGGCGCUGGGCGGCACCGUUCUCACCUUCAUCUGCGCCGUGUUCUCCGCACAAGCCGAGAUCGCCACGUCCAGCGAUAAAGUCCAGGAGGAGAUCGAAGAGGGCAAGAGUCUCAUCUGUCUGCUGUGAGAGAGAG